ACUCUCACUCCUGAGACUUGCGCGAUAAAAUGACUGCUCUUCACGGGGCUGGUUUAAAACACGGUACAGUACGCUUCUAAAGACUGCGGCGGUGGACGAGAUAGUUCGAACCCAAAGACGUUCUCACCAGGCGAACAAAGGCCCAGUUUCAAGAUUGUCAGUUCAGAAGACGUCGUGGCCAGCAAUACAGUGUUGAUGGAAACUCCCGUGUGUCUGAUCGAGAAUGGCCAGGAUGGAAAGUUCUGUGUCAACCCCAUUGCACUGGAGAUAUUAAAUCAGAUUUCACAGCAUGUGGUUGUGGUGUCAGUAGUGGGAUUAUACCGCACAGGCAAAUCCUACCUCAUGAACAAGCUAUCAGGGAAGAAAAGGGGAUUCGCCCUGGGGUCCACCAUACAGUCCCACACCAAGGGCAUCUGGAUGUGGUGCGUUCCUCACCCCAGUAAGCCUGACCACACCCUGGUGCUGUUGGACACCGAGGGCCUGGGAGAUGUGGAAAAGGGAGAUCAGAAGAACGACUGCUGGAUCUUUGCUCUGGCCAUUCUUCUGAGCAGCACGUUGGUGUACAACAGCCGUGGGACCAUCGACAACAAUGCCCUGGAGAACCUGCAAUAUGUGACAGAGCUCACUGAUCUAAUCAAGGUCAAAUCACCCAGGGACCCCAAGCCUGCAAGUGGUGAUGAUGAUGAUGAGGAUGAAGAGGACUCUCAGUAUGUGCGCUACUUCCCCAAUUUUGUGUGGGCUGUGCGCGACUUCACCCUGGAGCUGAAGAUAGAGGGGAGGCCGGUGACUGAGGACGAGUAUCUUGAACACGCUCUGUCUCUCAAGAAGGGAACCAACAGGAAAGUGUCCGACUACAACCUGCCCCGGCAGUGUAUCCGGAACUUCUUCCCCUUGCGCCGCUGCUUCGUCUUCGGCAGCCCCGCCGCCCCCGAUGCCAUGACCCGCCUCGAGACUCUGGACGAGAGGGACCUGAGCGCCUCCUUCCUGGAGGCCACCCAGCGCUUCUGCCAGCACGUCUUCAACCAGAGUCCCGUCAAAACCAUCAAGGGAGGACAUCCUGUCAGUGGCAGGAUGCUUGGUAUCUUGGCCAGUACCUACGUGGGCACCAUCUCGAGCGGUGAUGUGCCCUGCUUGGAGAACGCAGUGCUGACAAUGGCACAGAUUGAGAACCAGGCAGCUGUGCAGGAGGGGAUAAAGGUGUACAAGGAGGGGAUGGACAAGGCAGUGACCUUCCCAGCCAGCCUGGAGGGUUUAUCCCAGCAGCACAGGCACUGGGAAAAACUGGCUCUGGAGAGGUUCGCCAGCAAGUCUUUCAAAGAUGAAAGUGGUCAGCACAUGAGCGACCUGGGAGAGAAAAUUGCAGAGUAUUAUGACUGCAUCCUCAUGCGCAACGAAGAAGCCUCUAUAAAUACCUGUCAUGUCCUGCUGGCAGAGCUGUCCACCCCCAUCGCCAAGAAGCUGGAGGAGGGCUUCUAUGCCAAGCCUGGUGGCUAUAAGCUCUACUGUAAGGAUCGAGAUGCCUUGGUGGCACAGUUCCGUGCUGAACCCAACAAAGGGGUUAAGGCAGAGGAGGUCUUGGAGCAGAGUCUGAAAGAGAAGGAAGUUGAAGCCAAUACCAUUCUUCGUGCUGAUGAGGAACUGACAGAAAAAGAGAAACAAAUUGCAGAGCAGCACGAGAGAGCUGCCCUGGCCGAGCAGCAGAGGAAAGCACAGGAGGAGCAGCGGCUGGAGAUGGAGCAGGUUCUGCAGGAUGAGCGCGGGAGGCACCAGGAGCAGAUGCAGCUGGCGCAGAAGAAGCUGGAACAGGAGCUGGAGAACUGCCGAGUGGAAGCUGAGAGAGCACUAGAGAGCAAGCUGAAGGAGCAGGAGCAGCUGCAGAGGAAGGGCUUCGAGGACCAGGCGGCCGCGAUGACCAGAGAGAUCGGUAGACUCAAGGAGGAGGCAUCGAAGGGCAGCUCAUGGAAGGAUUUUAUCAAGCCUGUACUCAGUACAGCUGCUGACAUAGUUAGUACCAUCUAUGAGUAUAAGACCUUAAGGAGGCUCAUGAGACGUUGAAUUAUUCUUCUUCUGUAGCUCAUGGAUGUAGUAGCUGGUAGCUAGCUUUUGUGCAUGGUCCUGCAUGUAUUUGCCUCUGAGGGUUUUAGUCAUGAUGUUUCCUGUUGAUCUGCCCUGUGUUAUAGAACUUUUCAAAAAUGUCAUUGCUGGCUGGGAAGCACAAAACAAACCAACAACAUAAACAAGCAAUUAACAA